AUGUUCGUGUUUUACAAAGAGACCACACAAACAUUGAAAUCUUCUUCAAUUAGGAAAAAACGCAUAGCAUCAGAUUUAGUGUCAAAUACUUCAUCACCGAAAACAGCUGUACUCAUAGAAAAAUAUCCACGAUAUUAUCCUUCAACUUCGUCUACAAUACCCUCCUGUUCGGUUCUGAUAUUUUCAGUUGCCGACUUCUUUUUUCGACUUACAGAGGGUUUUGUUGGUCACGUUGAAGAAGUGCACAAGAAUUGUUUCCGUAAAAUUAUGAGCUCACGUCAUUCAAAUCAAGAAAACUCAUCAAUUUACGAAAGUAAUCGAUCUCGUCGUCAACAACCAACACCUUCCAAUAUACCUUCCAAUCAACAAGAUCCAUUGAAUUCAUCUCCUGCACAUAGUGAUCAAGCCUCCAAAGCCUGUUGUUUUUGUUGGUGUUGCUGUUGUUCCUGUUCGUGGUAUGUCGUUUAA